AUGGCAUACGAUUAUUUCCGUCGCAAGCAGGAAAAGAUCAACUACAAGGAACCGGACAUUGUAACAGUCGACCGCGUACCCAACGUUCCAAUUGACUACAAAAUUGUUGGCUUAAAUGACAAGACGAAUUUGGAUUUGAUUUUGUUUCGCUGCCAGACCUGUCCGUUCUGUUGCAAGAUGAUUGCGUAUUUGAACAGCAAAGGUCUGUCGUAUUCGGUGGUCAGUGUUGAUGAGCCCUUCGAGAGAAGAGUGAAAUGGUCGCACUACAAACAAGUCCCGUGUGUGCUGGCGCGCACCAAAGACGGCAAAUACAUUGAGUUGACCAAUUCGAGUGUAGUGAUUUCGAUUCUAGCGGCUUUGACGAAUGAUCCGGAACAGAAUAUCGAAGAUUUGGCGAAAAUGUAUCCGAAGAUAUCGUAUGUCAAGGCGAAUGGAGUGAAAAAACACGGCAUUGUGAACAAGUAUGAUCUGAUGUACAAUGGAAAACUACCGAAGGGAGUAACGCUGGAAUCGAUACAUGAAGAGUUCCGAUGGCGUGACUGGGCCGAUCAUCAAUUCGUCCACAUGGUGUACCCAAACAUUUAUCGAACGCAUGCGGAGGCACUGGAAACGUACAAUUGGUUCUCGGAGCUGGGCAAAUGGGACCAGAUGUAUCCGAGUUGGAUGACAUAUCUUAUGGUACAUGCAGGAGCCACCUACAUGUUCCUAAUAAGCAAACGUCUGAAAAAACGACACCAUUUAUGGGACGACGUACGAGCACAAUUUUACGAAGUCUGCAAUAAAUGGACCGACGAAUUGGAUCGACUAAAAACACCGUUCCAUGGCGGCAAAGCACCGGAUCUGGCCGAUCUGGCCGUAUUCGGUGCAAUGAAUUCGUUUGUAGGAUGUCAAACGUUUACGGAUCUGAUGAACAACACGAGAAUAAAGCCAUGGUUCGAUGCGAUGAAAGAGAAUGCGGAGAAAAAUAGAGGAACGAUUGUCGCUGCCGGUGUAACGCUGUAA